AUGUCCAAAUACAAGGAUAUCAUGAAAAAUGGAUGGCAUCCUGAAAAGCCCGGCAGCAGCUUGAAAGGUCAAGUUAAAGGACUCGUUGGGAGAGGAAAGUCUGAGGAUGAGGACCGAGGUAGCCACGUUUCUGUUCCGCUGUCCCAACUAAAGGACCCUUCAACCUUUGCACCACCUCCCAAACGUACCGGUGCCGGUCUUCUUCCACCACCUCCAAGGGAAGAGUCGGGACCGAGAAAGGUUAUCACCGCUCCUUCGAAAUACAUGGACCCGAGAGCACCGCCUCCUCAAGAACCCGUGUAUGCCGAGCCCGAAGAGGGAUAUGAGGAACAACCGCAACCUCGUGGCCCUUAUCGCACAAAUACUACAGGUCUUUCAACGGAUAGCCUACCGAAGCCUCCCGGUCGCAGAGAUGGUGCUGAUGGACAUUCGGGGCAACCGCCUUCAUAUCAAUCUGCAAUGGCGGGCGUCGGAGGAAGAGCUGCACCUCCCAGUUUACCACCACGACUGCCCCCAAGGACAAAUUCUGGAAGCACCAUUACAAGCUCUCCCGCUGCUAGUCCUGCGCCUACAGGCAACGGUCUACUGAAUCAAGGGGCAGUCAAUCGUCUGGGUGCAGCAGGGAUAUCAGUCCCCGGCUUUGGUAUCGGUCAUUCCAGUCCGGCAGCCGAUGCAUCGCCUAGCCCACCUCAACCUCCACGACCUGGUGUCGCGUCACCGCCUCCAGCACCUGCUACAUCACACAUGAGCGAACUGCAGAACCGAUUCUCCAAGUUUGGAACAUCAUCUAGCGCUAACACAGCAGCACCUCCACCACCUAGUGAGGGCACCACAUGGGCUCAGAAGCAAGCCGCCCUCAAGACUGCCUCUUCAUUCCAAAAGGAUCCUUCUUCAGUCUCUCUAUCCGAUGCCCGAGCUGCUGCCAGUACAGCUAACAACUUCCGCCAACGUCAUGGCGAACAAGUCGCUGCUGGAGCCAAAACAGCAAAUAACCUGAACCAAAAGUAUGGGCUUCUUGAUAAGGCGCAGAAUUCAUACUCCAAGUUCCAAGGCAACCAAACACAAAGUCAAAAUGAGGAUGCUCCCUCUGCGCCAGCAUCGCCCGGAUUAGCCAGCGUUGUUGGGAAGAAGAAGCCUCCUCCACCUCCACCAAAGAAGAAGCCGGCUCUUAUGGGUGCUUCAGCUGCUCCCGCCAACGAUGAACCUCCUCCCAUUCCUAUGGCAACGAGGCCACAAUUUUAA